UAUGACAAGAAAUGUAGUGUUUUUAGAUAGUUUAACAGGCUUUUGAGUUUAGUUCAUUCAGUAAAUUACAAAUUUAAGCUUAAAAAAGCGAGUACCAUAUCCACAAUUCUCAAGAAGCGGAAAGAUAUCGGAGGUUUAAAAAAUCCGAGAUGUCGACGCCAUAUUUUCUUUUAAGUAAUGGAAAAAAUAUGCCAAUGAUUGGUCUUGGAACAUGGCGGAGCCCCCCAGAAGUCCUCACCCAGGCGGUAAAGGAUGCCAUCGACAUAGGAUAUCGUCACUUUGACUGCGCCCACAUAUACGGAAAUGAGGCACAGGUGGGUGCAGCUCUUCGCGAGAAAAUGGAUGAGGGCGUGGUAACACGCGAUAAUCUCUUCAUUACGAGCAAACUUUGGAACACCUACCACAAGCCGGAGUUAGUGCGAUCCGCCUGCGAGACUAGUAUGAGAAAUUUGGGAGUGGACUACCUGGAUCUCUACCUGAUGCACUGGCCCAUGGCCUACAAGUCGGGCGAGAACCUUUAUCCCACCUGUCCGGACACGAAUAAGGCUGUCUUCGAGGACAUCGACUACGUGGACACCUGGCGGGCCAUGGAGGAUCUGGUGGAUGAGGGACUGUGCCAGGCCAUCGGGGUGUCCAACUUUAAUGAGCAACAGAUCACCAGGCUACUGAGUGUGGCGAAGUUGAAGCCGGUGGUUCUGCAGAUCGAGUGCCACCCGUACUUGAGUCAGAAGCCAUUGAUCACCCUCUGCUAUGACAAUGCCAUUGCUGUAACUGCCUAUAGCUGCCUGGGAUCGGGACACACGCCCUACGAAAAACCCGGGGCUUAUCCACUGCUUCAGCACCCAACCAUCCUGGCUAUAGCCGAGAAAUACGAAAGGACACCGGCGCAGGUGCUCCUCCGCUAUCAGACACAAUCGGGCAUCAUCGUUAUCCCGCGAUCCGUGAGCAAACAGCAUAUGCUGGACAACUUUAAGCGAAUCUGGGACUUUGAACUGGCUAUCGACGAUGUCAAGGCUAUUUAUGAUCUGGACUGUAAUGGUCGUUUUAUGACCAUGAAAGCGGCCUAUGGACAUCCCCACCAUCCGUUUGAGCCUGUACAGACGAUAUAAGUCAAUUUUCCAGACUGGAAGUAAUAUAUCUUAAAAGUGUUAAAAAAAAUUUGUGAUAAGUUUCAUUUCAUAAAUGAUCAUAUUAGCUACCUCUUUAAAUUACAGAUGAGAAAAAACUAAGGAACCAUGCAAGAACUUAUGUUUGGCAAUUUAUAAUUACUUGAUAAUAGUUAUAAUAAAAAUGUUAUCUUUUAAAGACU